UGGUUCGGUGACUUGACGCCGGUCUCCCAGCCAGAGUAACGGUAGCCGUCUCCUCCCAUCAGUCAAUUGUCUCUGUUUGUUGACGUUUUGCCGGAGCAGCUAGUAACGGGGUCUGUCCGUUGUUUCAGUCGUGUGAGAGUCAAUGGAGCUAGCUAGCUAGCUUGAAUGGGUCAUCAAGUUGAAAGAUGAUCGCCUCACUUUCUAGAGGAAGUUUGCUGGAUGAAGUUCUUCACGGAGGCUUUAAUGAGCAGCAGCUGACAGCCUAUGUUUCCUGGGUGAACUGCCAGCUGAAGAGGAAACCAGGACUGAAGCCUAUCACAAACCUCAGGCAUGAUCUGCAGGAUGGAGUGGUGCUCACACAACUCAUAGAGAUAGUUGCUGGGGAAGUUCUGGAAGGAGUGUAUGUUGCUCCACACAACAAAGAAGAAAGCAGGAAGAAUGUGGAGCAAGUCUUGCAGUUCAUUUCCUCCCGACACAUACGCAUGCCACACAUAUCCGCAAGCGACAUUGUCGAUGGUAAUCUAAAAUCUGUAAUGAGGAUAAUUCUGGCGCUGGCUGCCCACUUCAAACCAUCAGCCAAUCACAGGGCUGCUUCUGGUAGCGGGAGGAGUUUGACAAGAAGCUCUACCAGCCACUACCCACUCUCCACUAUCGCACUAGCACAAAGUGCCGCUGCCGCACUGGCUUCAGCACGACUAGAUGCCUCACAGCCUUCACGUACCAUUCGCAUCCACAGUGGCUGGGGAUUGGAUGUGGAUAAGAGUGUAUGUGUUCGUGCACUAGUUGAGCAGUAUGAAAAAGGAGCUCCGGAUGAGGCGGACAAUCCUCAGUCUAGCAGCUUCAGCCCCGUUAGUCCGCUGUCAUCUCCAAGAACAGCCAGCAGCCACUCAGACAGACAGCAGGAAGACCGCCAACAACAGGAGAGCAGUGCUGAGUCAUCUCAUGUUGUAGCGGAGACGGCGUUGGAGGAUACCCUCAGUGAAACUUUGGAGAAGGAGGUGCAGGAGACACGUAAAAUGGUGUCUGCUCUACAGGCCCUGCUACUGCAUGGUUCGCUGCCUGAGGAUGAGCAGGAUGUCUCUUUGAGUUUGGACCAAGGCAAUGCUGAACAGCAACUGGUUGUCAUUCGCAGUCGCUUGGAUCAGAGCAUGGAGGAGGCUCAGCAGCUGAAGAGGGAACUGUUGCGCUGUAAGCAGGAUAUGAGAAACCUGCAUGGAGUCAAGGACGCCCAGCAGCAGAGGCUGUGCACUCAGGAGGCAUCGAUACUGCAGAUGAAGCAAGAGCUUCUCAGAGCCAGCAUGACGAAGGAUGAACUCAACAACCAGAACGCCGAGCAACAGUGGAAGCUGGAGGAAUGUAACAGGCUGUGGGGCGAAUGCAAGAAGGAGAUAGGACAGAAGGACAGACUACUGCAGCAACUCAAACACAAGCUCGAAGAAAGUAAAAUAAAGCAGAGUGAAUUGCAAAGAGAGUUAGAGCAUACAAACAGCAUGCAGAUUCCCCUCGGCACAGAAAACAACGGAUAUUCUUACUCUGGAAAUCCAGCUCCCUCUAUGUCAGAUCAGGCAGAGGAGGUUCAGCUGCUCAGAGAUUCACUCAGGAGUUUGAGAAACAACUUCAGAGACCAUGACCCGCAGCACCACACACUGGACACCCUGGAGCAGGGCAUAGUAUCCCUCAUCGACAGACUGCAUGUUCUGCAUACAAACAGGGGAAGGGGGAAGUCUCCGAAACGCAAAGGCCAACACACAGACUCUGACACCUGGCCUUGCACAAAGGUUUGUCAAUCCAACAGUGGGUCUUCUGUCUCCACUAAAAUCCUUUAUUUUACUGGAAAAUCCCUAACACCCUCCAUGAUCAAUAUACCGAAAAGGUUGGGUGAGGUGACUCUAAAAGAUGUCAAGGCAGCUGUGGACCGAGAGGGAAACUACAGGUACCACUUCAAGGCCCUGGAUCCUGAAUUUGGCACUGUGAAAGAAGAGGUAUUCCUGGAUGGAGCAAUCAUUCCAGGCUGGGAAGGAAAAAUAGUGGCCUGGGUAGAAGAAGACCGUGGUGAAGAAAGGCCAUUGUAGGUGCAAGCUGAGCGGCCGUGACACUUUGUGUUUGCUCCUGAACAACUCUAAUCCCGGAGGCACAUCGAGACAACUGUUCAACAGAGGAACAAGUGGACACUUCUGAGAUUCUAAUUAUUAUUGAAAUACUGUAAGACUUGUCAGUGAGAGAUUUGGGUUAAUCAGCUGGUACUGAAGCAAACUGAUAGUCAUACCCGCUCUGGAGAAAUCUGUAACUGAUGUCUAGAAUAUCGUAAAACUCAGUGCCUUACAAAGAAAAGCUAUUUCCAUCAUGGGCUUAUUAUUUCCGUGUACACAAAGUACAUGGAAAUAUCAUUUUAAAUUAACUGUUUCUAAACCACAAUUUGAACUUUAUUAAUGUACAAAGUAAUUUUUAAGUGUUCAGUAUCACUUUUCAUUCCUUGUGCAGCAUAACUACUAACUAACCAUGUUAGAAAUAUGUAUUGUCCAGAUACAUUGCAUUCCUAGUUGUGAAUGUAAAGUCAAAAUACAGUAUUAUCUACCAUAGCAAGAAAUAGGGAAAACAUUUUUUGAGUGAUAAAAAGACCGAAAAAGUCAGACAAACUUUGUUAUGUUAUAAAGUUAUUUUUCUUUUAGUGCUGCACAGGCCUUGUGGACAUUCAAAUCUACUGCUAACAAAUAUACAGCCCAGAUACCAAUUUAUAUUCCAUUUAAUAUGUUUAGUAUUAAUUAGAUAUAGCAGAAAACACAAAAAGAAGGUAAUCUGAAGAUGAAAAAUGUAUUCCGACAACUAAAACAACAACAAAAGAAACACCUGAAUUUAUUUCAGUUUUAUCAGUUUCACUAAAUAGGACCUUAAUCCAGAUGUGGGUUUAAAUGUCAGUCUGUCUCCAGCAUGCAUGUAAACAGAAAUCCUCAAACUGAACUGCUGUCAGUGAAAUAGAAAUUAUGCUAAAAUGUUGAUGUUCAUGUAUAAAUGCAGAUGAACAGCACUGUUGUUUUGUUUACCUUAGAAAAUUGUUUUGUACAUUUGUGUAACAUUAUUUUCACUAUGUCCUUACAUUUUUUUAAGUUUGUGAAUAUUAUUUGAGAUUCCUGUGAGAUGAGAAUGUGUCUGCUUCUGUUACAAAGAUGUGAUAGGAAGAUUUAAAGCAGACUGUGUGUCCUGAAACAAUGGACCACCCCACUAUUUAUGGUGUGUGAGUGUGCGUGUGUGUAUGUGUGUGUGUGUGUGUGUGGGUGUGGAUGGACCUUUGACAUGUUUUCUUCACUCUGCUUCUAUCUUCCCAUUUGGGAUCAAUGUGUUUGCCUUCAUUAACAAGCCAACUGAAAUAUGCAUCAGUCUACUUUGAAAUAAGACCUGUGUGAAUGCCAUACCUGCCUUUACUGUAAAAUGUACUAUUUGCUGGUGAGAUGGUUAUUUAGCAUUUGUUUUGUUUACUGAAAUAUUUCACACAAUGUGGAUACGGUCUGUUAAAUAUAAAAAUGACUUUUGUUGAAUGUUAGAUACAGAUAUUUUGAAAUAAAAACUGAGUUUUGUU